UGCGGAAAGGGUUUAAAAGUCGAUAAUGUGAUAGCCGACGUCUCCGUCUGCUGCUAUUGUUAGUGGUGGUAUUGCCGAUUUCUUCACAACGGCGAUCGUCUCGCUCUUGGUUGCUCAACAAAAAGAAGAGUGGGGGAGAGUGAUGCUCCCCAUCUUUCGUGCUUUCCUUUAUGCUCUCGUUUUCGUCCUUGCAAAACCUCAUCAUGCAGCAUCCCCAUCAUCAUCCCCAGAUUGCUGUGGGUGUGUGUAAAGAUUCGAGCGUACUGACCUAUGCUCCGAAUGUCAAGUUUUGUUUAGAGAGAGAGCGAUGUUUUAUCUCUGUUUCGCAACAUAGUGUCGGCGCAUAUGUGGUCCAUCAUGAACGAACCCGAAACAUAACGUAUGCUUGGGUAAUCGUUGCUCCGGUCUGUGAAGUCACCAGUUAACCUUUGGCAGGGUAGUGCGCGAAGAAAUUGUCUACCUUAAGUGUUAGGUGCUUGUAUUUUUUUCGCAUCCGGAGCUUGAACAUCAUUCCUACGCCCCAUGUGAUAGUGACAUGUAGGAAAUAUACGGGAGUCCUACUUAACAUGAACAAAGGAGCCCAUUGAGGAUCCCAGUUGCUGCAAUAGCACUUGCUUCGUAUAGUGACGGUUGCAUAGCAAUUUGGGUAUAGUUUCAGUGAAUAGAUUAAAGAAGAAAUCUUAGCAGACCUCGUUAAUGGAUAUUGCAUUAAAUGUGGUCAAAUUAAUUAAUUAAAAAAAAUGUUAUGUUGAAAUUCCAAAGGAUUAGGUAUAUUACAAGCCUAAUUGCACUGAAUCAUAAAAAUAUUCCAGUAGAUAUUUUAUAGUCCAGUGUGCCACGACAACUUCUUCACUGUCCAGCCAAGCAUGAGAACAUAAUUGAAUUACUUAUCGUGUUUAUCUUGCCACACCAUCGCACAUAAACCCACCACUGAUCCGACUCAGCAGCAUAAGGAAUAGAAAAUCGUCUUGUGCCGCCACCAUUAAAAGGGAACGGGCCUGGAACGCUCGUAGCAAAGCAAAGCAGCAGAAACUUAUGGAUGUUUAAUAACCCACAAGGUGGUAUCGUUGCACAAAAACAGAGAAUUUUCUAAACGCUCGAGAACGCUACGAACAACGAACAGAAUACGACGCUAAUUUGCAGCAGGGAGGAAGCAUCUUUAAACAAACCUCUAAAUAUCUCAGGUGGCUUGAGCCAUCCAAAAAUACAGAGCCUAACGAUGAAUCGCGAUUGUCACGCUGUUGGGGGAGGUUUAUCCAAACUGAAGGGACAAACAUGGAAAUUAUUCAUAGAAAGGUCCGCCAAUGGGUUAUCCACGAUCGAUGCUGACGAUGAUGAGGAAGGAAUGUUUGAGCCGAGCAGUGAGCAGCAGAAACAUGUGAAAGCAUUCGCCGGUGUUUCAGGACAAACCAUCGUACCAUCGUACAGCAGUACGAAACAAGUCGCUUCAUCGGAAACUUUGACUGGCCGCACGCUGAUGGCUAAUCGCUCGCGCGGCAGUGUAAUGCGGCUUGAUAAAGCCGACAUGGGCCUGUACGGUAUCUGCCCUGAGACGGACCCGUUCUAUGCAGUAAUCUGUGAUAUCUGUAGCAGUGUGGUGAAACCGCAGGGAUUGCAAAAGCACAUGACCAACAGGCACCAUUCGCUGAUAAACCACACGGCCAAACUGAACGCCAAUGGGAACAAUAGUGCCAGCACAACGAUGGCCACCAUUGGUGGUAAUGGCAAGGGUAAUAGCAAUAGUUCGCUAGCGGAUCAGCAACAUCUAAGCAACAGCUACGCAGCGACAGAAAAGACUGACGGCAUGAUUCGCCCGGGUACGGCCAGUGAAGUUUCAUCGGUUGCCCGCACGGACGGUAAGACUAUUUCCAGUUCCUACGGUACACAAAACGAUGAGAUGCCACUGCUAGAACCGUCCGCCAGCACUGUACCACCGGUUAAAAUACGCUCCUCGGGUAGUGGGAAAGUUAAGAGUAAAAGCACGAAAAAUGCAAGCAGCGGCUCAUCGUCCUCCUCCACCAAAUCUUCUUCCGGCUAUGCCAGCAACAAUAGUUCCCUUUCAUCGUCGUUUUCGAAAGCAUCCAUAUCGGUAAAUCACACCGUGGCAGAAAGCAACGGGUCAUCCCCUGCGGCGGAGUUCGGACGUGAAUUCCCUGCCGGUGGUGCGAUCGGUAGCAGUGGCGUACCCUUGGUUCUGAUGAGCAACUGUUCUGGAGUGCUGGAAAAGAAGGCAACAUUUGCCAUAGGCAAUUCGAAUGCCGCCGGUGAGGCAUCGUCCAGCGCUGGCUCGGCCGGUGCGAAUCCGUCGGCCGGGAAAUCAUCCUCGAAACGUGGCUCAAAGCAAGCCUCAUCUUCCUCAUCCAGUUCCUCACCAUCGUCAUCUUCGUCGUCUUCAUCCUCAUCGUCUUCCUCGUCUUCCUCGUCCUCGUCAUCGUCUAGCAGUAGCAGCAGCAGCAGUAGUAGCAGCAGUAGCAGCAGUUCCGGUAACUUAACGCAACAGCUGAAAUCGUCAUCGGACCGAAAGAGUGAUUCCGGUCGUGCUAGAGAAUUCGACCCAGAUCGACACUGUGGCGUCGUAACGCCGGAUGGCAAACGUCACUGCACUCGUCCCAUUACCUGCAAAUCACACUCACUUGCGCAACGUCGUGCUGUACCGGGUAGAAGUAAAACGUUGGAUAAACUGAUAGCUGAACUACGCGGACAUGGUUUGACCGCUGGUGUUGCUAGUUCAACAUUGAAGGAUGAUGCGGGACCAUCACCUGCCUUCCUGGAUGUAAUGGAAUCGAGUAGCAGCUCAUCUACAGGAUUCGACGUUACUGCGGGUGAUAGACGAAGCAAUGCUGUAGGCGAAAACACAAUCCGAUCGACAUCGCAAACAGGAAGCUCCAUUGGACACGAUGCUGCAAUCGGUCGUGGACCGAGUGAAAGCGGCGGUAAAAGCUCGCAUCACUCAUCGCAUGGAUCGAGCAAUCAAAAGAUACCCUCAAGCGAGCGUGUGAAGCACAAAACGUCAUCCAGGUCUCACAGCGGGUCGUCAAGUCAUUCGCAGUCAAAGAACGUUCAUCAUCGACAGAGCUCGAUUAAGCAUGGACAAUCGCGCGACACACCAGUGCAACCGACAGCUCUACCAGCUGGAAUGGCACAACAGUCACAACUAGGAUCACAGCAUGGGAUAUCUCAGCAGCAAUUAAUUAUGCAAAACAGCUCGGCCGAUAUGCUUGGAGCACAAUUUGCGAACGAUGAAUCGGUCGGAACGAGUACGGUUUUACCGGAUCACGCUGCGAUCGUAAUGGAUCCAAAUACGAAUCUCUUGAAGUUGUCCGUUUCUGGGCAGCUGCAUGCCGGAACCGCCGUCGAUGGUAGCGAAAGUGCACAGCAGUACGGUACGACCAAUCUAAUGCAGACUGACGGAUUAACCGUUACCCUUCCAUUAUCUGUGAUAUCCUCAAUGAAUCUGGCCGGCACAAACUUGGUCAACAUGGCGCAUGGCACACCAGGAGGAGGUGACGUUGGAGCGACCAUCGCAGGACAGGUCGUAUCUAGUGCUGUAGUCAGCGGUGCAGGCAAUGGGUCAACCGCCAUGCUUCCACCUGGAGUUGUUGAUUGUGGAGGUACCGAGCAAACCGCGUUCAUUCCUGCCGAACUGAUCGAUCAGCUUCCGCUCGUAGCAUCGAAUGGAACCGAGCUGCACGAUUCUAGUGCUGCGUAUCGGUUGGCCACCCACGCAUCUACAGGUGCGGUGGCUGGACCGGGCUCGAACGGACUUACCGAUUUGACCUUACCGUCGUACAACGAUCAGAUUAAUUACACGCUGCAAACAUUCGCCCAAAAUCUGGCCCAAUCGGCCGACGCUGUGCAGCAGCAACAGCAUCUUCAACAGCGGCAACAGCACCUGUCCGGUGUUCAGCCACAGACCACCGGUCAAGUUGAUUUGGUUGACAGUAUCGAUGAUAUUGUGCCGACCAUAAACCUUCUCCCGUCGGCUGCAAAUCCACUGGUUCUACCGCAAUUGCAAGGUGAUCUGACCGAUUCUAUCAUACUAACGCCUAAUCAGCUGUCUAGCCUAUCGUUGGUCGAGCAGCACUUUAUCGACAACAUUUCGGGAUUGAAGGCAGUUUCGGAGAUAGAUCCGCUCACCGUGAACGGUCCCGUUGAUAUAUCGAAGUUAAUGCUGCUGAAAAAGGUAGACGAAGAGUUCCUCAAGGAAAGACAACACCAGCAGAUGCAGCAGCAACAGCAGGCCUUUUCCCACACCACAGCAGGACAGCUGGACGAGGCUCGAGGCGUAAAGAUGUGGUAUAGCGCGCUGCCGAAACCGCUCCACGUGAAUAACUUCCAAUUGCGUCGGCUGGCGGGUGGAUACGUGAUGAACCGCAAGCUGUUGAAUAUUCGACGGAAUCUUUUGCACGAAACCACCGGUCUAGAUGCUAAACGGUUAGCGUCUCCCAGCGGCACAACGGCAAGUUCGCUACUAUCUUCCGGUACGCCUCAUUCACCGAGUGGUACACGCACCGGCACACUGAUUGGUGGUCGUACUGGGAGCGAUAUCUUGCUGGCUUCGUUGGCGUCCCCGACCGGUGCCGGGAAAGGUAAAGCAAACGAUUCAGCAUCCAGCAUUAACGGUGGUGGUUUGGGAAGUCCAACCGGAGGUGGGGGCAGCAGCAUGGCGAUGCAUCGAAAUAGUUCCUCCCAUCGUGGUGGUGGUGGUCAGCGGCGUUUAAUUCUGACGCCUCCGCAGGGACGGUCGGAAAAGAUGUCCUGCCUGCUUAGCAACGCAUACUUCAAGGGUCUUAUCUCUUCGAUGCAGCAAACAAAAGAGAUGCAACACCAGACACACCACCAUAAUGCUGCGGUGAAGAGUGCCGAUGAUGCGCCCACUGCCAGUAUAUUGACCGAGCGUGCAAUGAAACGGAGUGCAUCAUCACUCACAACACUAUCGAACAAACGGAUGAAGAUCAUCAACAACCUGCAUAAUUCUACUGCACCACCGUCGAUUCUGUUGCAGGGAAGUGGCGGUAGUAGCGGCGGAAAGAAUAAGUCGAAAGUAUUAUAAUCACUACUCGUGCUAAUCCCCUUACGAUGACCACAAACUCGAUAAACCGGCUGGUUUCGAUUGCAGGAUAUUAUAAGGAGAGUGAGCAGAGAUUGCCAAACCAGAAGAAAUAAGCUAAGUAGAGCGCGUGUUCUUAACAGAUGAGAAUCUGAUAAGAAGAUGCGCUGUUGUAUAUGGUACUACAAAACCCAAAGAAGGGCAGAGAGGUUUGCCGGUAAAAGGCGACAAGACAUUAGUUAAUCGUGCAGAAGCUAUUUUAAUUAUUCUCACCACAACGCUUUUCGCCCAUCUAUGUAAUCAAUUCGGAAACACACGUACACAAUCGAGCUACUGGAAGAAGGGUUAACGCUUUCUGAUUCUUUAUUGAUACAUGUUUUAGUACUUAGUAUGUAUCGAGCUAGAACAAUACUACCACAGCAUUUGGCUUUGGUAUAACGGUUCUUUAAAAAUAAUCAAUAACUACACACAAAAAAAUACAUGUAAUGCCCCCUUCCAGCACUGCUAUGCUCCAUACACCAUGUGUACGUGUGCGUGUGUGUAUGUGUACGUGUUGUGUGUGUGUGUGUGUGUGUAUUGUGUGUUGUUUGGUGGAAAAUAUGACUGUAACCAACAGAGACGAAUAUCGUUCUUCUUUCCUGUGUUUGCUGGCACGUAGAUAGCAGAUUGCCAAUAAACGCAGCAAAGCGGAUCAUCGCUAGAUUACUAUAAUUAACGGCACGAAGUACGGUUUUUGUCCUGCAAACCUGCGCUUUGGACGGAUGGGCCCUUUCUUCUCGUCGAAGAAAUAAGUUUCAAGGGAUAGUGUGAUAGUUAGUUUGUUAGGCUCGUAGUUCACUUUAACGUAUUUUAGGCUAUAAUGCAAGACUAUAUAAGAUUAUAAGUAACGAUUAAAAACAAAAAAAAUAGUUAUCAACAAAACACAUAAUCUAGACUACAAGGAGAAAAAAAACAACAAAACAUAGACUGGAAACAUUGUUCUUUUGGCAUUGGUUGAGAAAAGGUUUAAAAAGUUUGGGCGAUGAUAGAUACGCGAUCGUGUUGAGUGGUAGCGUUGAGUUGCACUUUAAUUCGAAUGAUCAAAGAACAGUUGCAUCAAUCCCCUUUAAUUGUAACAAAUUUGUAGUGAAAACAUUAAGAAAAGUACCAUAGGUUCCUGCAAGGUUAACAUUUUUGUUUCCUCGCAUCAUCAUUAUCAUUAAUUACAUAUGAACCAUUUAUCAAACGACUUCAAUGAUGGCGACAGCAAGAAACCUUAAAGGACAGAAAAGUAUCAAAAUAAAAAGCAAGUGCAAGUUGCUAGUGCAAUCGGUAACGAAUUGCGUACUAAUAGUUAAUACGAUCUAUACUUACAAUUGUCCAGCGUAAGCAGGUCAACAUCGAGAACGAUUUUUAUUGAUUCAAAAACGAAUCCGUACGCACUUUUUCAGUCUUAUGUAAAGAGGAACAGAGCAACAUUUGGGAGGUUUCGAAAGCAGCCCCAAAAAGAAUGAAAAAAGGUUUAAAAAUUAAAUUAAAGGAGCUUUAGAUCAAGAUCGGAAAAUAUUUGGGGCCAGCGUUUACUGCUGCCCGCGCACUUGACUGAUUGCACGGUUGAGGGUUAAUGUAAAAGUAAAACUAGCCCACAAUGGUACGAAGGCCAGCAAAGGGACGAAUACUACAUACGUUCUAUGACAAAAUUCAACUUCAAAAUGCGUUUCAAUAUCUCAACUUCAAUGCUAUUAAUAAACGAUGGUUCAUUAUAAACUUUA